GUUGAUAUACAAUACAUCAUGAAUAAUGUUUUACAAAGAGAACUACGCUUGGAUUUUCAAAGUUCAUAAAGACGCGCCUGACAGCGUCCUUUUGGGUGUUUAAUUUAAAGACAAUGCCUUUCGGAACUCUUGGGUGUGCAAGACAACUUACCUUUGCCUUACCUGUUACUUGUGAUGCAAAUAGGUACCUUCAUGUAUGAAAGACUGUUGUUUCAGUCGGCACCUUCUAUAAGAAAAGUCGGCUAUUUACAGGGAAAGGGUCUUUUGUAAAACAAUAUACCGACGCGGCAGACAAAAUUCCUUCUGCCUUUAAAUGGAGCAAGAUACCUCAGCGAUUCAUUCUAUUCGACCAUGGCUUCAUGCGUUGUGUGCAAUGACACAGUUAGAGAUAGACAACACUGCCUACAAUGUGACGAGUGCUUGGGGUGGCAGCACAGAGUGUGCCGUUCAGGUAUAUCACAAGCUCUGUACAGACAGAUUGUCCGAGGAGAAGCUGAUCUUGGAGUUUGGGCCUGCAACAACUGCCGUACCCCUGCAGAGAACGACGCGGACAUCACUGAUCCACCCACGUUGAUCGACGACCCACCAAUCUCCCCUGCGUCCCGAUCGGCGAACAACGAGACGAUGGAGGAUUCUUUGGAGGAAUCUGCGUUGGAGGAGAUGGAGAUCGACGAGCAGCCAGUGCCCCGUACCUACGAAGUUGUGGAGGGCGCUUCAAAGAAGGGGAAACCUCAGCUGAUCGACAACCUUGGGUACAGGUUCGGUGUUCAGCGUAACCCGCCCAGCGGAACUGUUCACUGGACCUGUACUUUCCGCCCGAAGGUCGACCCUUGCAAAGCCAGCGUGAAGGAGCGAGACGGCGUGUUCGAGGCUGGACCCCACGAGCACAACCACGGACCCGACGUCGGCGCCGCGACAGCAGCUAAGAUCGCGGCUCGGGUGAAGAAGGAGGCGGAAGGAGACCUCUUCAAAUCGGCGGCAGUUAUCGUCAACGACGUGUUGCUGGAGGAGCUUGGUGACGGGCCCUGCCCAGCACUGAGCAAGCCCGAACACCUGGCGAGAGCUGCCAACCGCCGCAGACAGAAGCUCAGGCCAGACGAGCCGAAGGACCUGAACUUCGAAGUUGACGAGGACUUCGUACCGCCAUCUUUCCUGAAGGGGGAUGUCCGAGUUCGCUGCGGGGACAGCGAACGUCGCCACCUAAUCUUGGCUACGGACACUCAGGUCAAACACCUGGGCGACGCCAAGACCUGGUACUUAGACGGGACCUUCAAGCUGUGCCGGGCGCCCUUCAUGCAGUUAUUCACCAUCAGCGUUUUUAUCAGGAAAGAUGACUGCAUGAAGAGCGUCCUCAUGGUGUUCGUCCUAAUGAGUAGGAGGGAGAAAAAAGACUACAAGAAGGUUCUUAAGAAGAUUCUGGACAUCCUGCCUGGGCCACCGAACGUCAAACGAGCCAUGAUGGACUUUGAGAAGGCCAUGUGGCCGGCCAUGAGACAAGUUCUGCCUGACGUCCACCUGACUGGGUGCAUGUUUCACUGGACGCAGUGUGUGUUCAGGAAAAUCCAAGAGGUCGGGCUGCAGACGACAUACCUCCGGAAAGGCAGCACCUACAAGUACCUCAGGAUGGCAAUGUCGCUGCCUUUCCUGCCCGAAGAUCAGAUCGAGACUGAAUGGGAGGCCCUGAAAGCACAGGCAUCAACCCCUCAUCGCCCUGGCUGACUACAUAGACAGGAACUGGAUCGAGUCAUCUAUGCACCCUCCGGCCACCUGGAGCAUAUUCAAGAAGACCAUCCGCACAAACAACGAUGUUGAAGGAUGGCAUAACGCCCUCAACAAGAGAGCCACCGGGAAGAGCAAUCUUCCGUUCUACUUGCUGGUCCCCCACCUCCAGAAGGAAGCGGCCCUGGUGCACCUGAACAUCCGCCUUGUCAAAGACAAGAAACUGUCGCGAACACAAAGGAAGGGCAGCAGGAUAGCACAAGAAAAGAUCUUCGAGCUGUGGACCCAGUACGAGACCGGACAGAAGACUGCCCGCGAACUGCUCUCAGCGUGCAGCCACUACUGCCCUGAACCGGCACGCCAUUUCGUAGGGUAACAAAGUUUCACAGGACAAUUUUCAGCUUGUAAAUAUUGAUUUCCUUUUGCCGAUUUUGACAAACAUCUUUCUAUUGUAAAGUUGUACAUACUGACUUGUAAAUUACCGAUUUGUCGCAAUCUAUCUAUGUAUAAUGUAAUGUGUAUUUCAAACUUGCAUGACGAUUGUAGGGAAGUCUUGUCAUAUGUAUAUGUAAUAUAAUGUAAAUAUUGAUUUCCUUUUGCCGAUUUUGACAAACAUUUUUUUCCAUUGUAAAGUUUUACAUACUGACGUUAGUAGGGCAGUCUUGUCAUAUGUAAAUUGUAAUAUGUAAAUGUGCCAAUAAGUUGUCAAUAAGGGACUUGUAAAAACUGAUUUCCUUUUACCGAUUUUGACAAACAUUUUUUCCAUUGUUAAGUUGUACAU